AUGGCCGCGCGCCCCGCCGCCCCGCUCGCCUGCGCGCUGCUGCUGCUGCCGCUGCUGCUGCCGCUGUCCUGCGCCGGGCGCGACGCACGCUUCUCCGCCGAGCCCGAGGACCACGGGGACAGCGAGGAGCCGCUGCCGCUGCCGCUGCCCGAGUCACCCCUUCAGAGACCCACGGUGCUCGUGGCGCUGCUCGCCCGCAACGCCGCGCACACGCUGCCGCACUUCCUCGGCUGCCUGGAGCGCAUGGACUACCCAAAGAGCAGGAUGGCCAUCUGGGCAGCUACUGAUCACAAUGUGGAUAAUACAACCCAAAUACUCAGGGAGUGGUUGAAAAACGUCCAGAGACUCUACCAUUAUGUGGAGUGGAGGCCCAUGGAUGAACCAGAGGCUUAUCCUGAUGAAAUUGGACCAAAGCACUGGCCAAGCUCCCGGUUUGCCCAUGUCAUGAAACUGCGACAGGCAGCCCUUCGAACUGCGAGGGAAAAAUGGUCAGACUACAUCCUGUUCAUAGAUGUCGACAAUUUCCUAACUAAUCCACAGACCCUCAACCUAAUGAUCGCAGAAAACAAAACCAUUGUGGCUCCCAUGCUGGAAUCCCGAGGACUGUACUCUAACUUUUGGUGCGGAAUCACACCUCAGGGAUUCUAUAAGCGGACACCUGACUACCUUCAGAUUAGAGAAUGGAAGAGGAUGGGCUGCUUUCCCGUCCCCAUGGUCCACUCCACCUUCCUGAUUGACCUCAGGAAGGAAGCCUCUGACCAGCUGACUUUCUACCCUCCACACCAGGACUACACCUGGACCUUCGAUGACAUCAUUGUCUUCGCCUUCUCCAGCAGGCAAGCAGGCAUCCAGAUGUACCUGUGCAACAGAGAGCACUAUGGCUACCUGCCCAUCCCUCUGAAGCCCCAUCAGACACUGCAGGAAGACAUCGAGAACCUCAUCCAUGUGCAGAUAGAAGCAAUGAUUGACCGUCCUCCAAUGGAACCAUCCCAGUUUGUGUCAGUUGUCCCUAAAUAUCCAGACAAGAUGGGAUUUGAUGAGAUUUUCAUGAUCAACCUCAAACGCAGGAAGGACAGGCGGGACCGGAUGCUGCGCACACUCUACGAACAGGAGAUUGAGGUCAAGAUAGUGGAGGCCGUGGACGGGAAGGCACUCAACACCAGCCAGCUGAAAGCCUUGAAUAUUGAAAUGCUGCCAGGUUAUCGAGAUCCCUACUCUUCCAGGCCUUUGACCAGGGGUGAAAUCGGCUGCUUCCUUAGUCACUUCUCUGUCUGGAAAGAGGUGAUCGACCGAGACCUGGAGAAGACUCUUGUUAUUGAGGACGAUGUGCGCUUCGAGCAUCAGUUUAAGAAGAAGCUGAUGAAGCUGAUGGAUGACAUUGACCAGGCUCAACUGGACUGGGAGCUAAUUUACAUUGGCCGGAAGAGGAUGCAAGUAAAAGAGCCCGAGAAAGCAGUGCCUAACGUAGUCAAUCUGGUUGAAGCUGACUAUUCCUACUGGACACUGGGUUAUGUCAUCUCUUUGGAAGGAGCACAGAAGCUGGUUGGCGCCGAUCCCUUUGGAAAGAUGCUGCCCGUAGACGAGUUUCUGCCGAUCAUGUACAACAAGCAUCCCGUAGCCGAGUACAAGGAGCAUUAUGCAUCCAGGGACUUGAAAGCUUUCUCUGCAGAGCCCUUGCUCAUCUACCCCACGCACUACACAGGUCAACCUGGGUAUCUGAGUGACACAGAGACCUCCACCAUCUGGGACAAUGAGACAGUGGCCACGGACUGGGACAGGACACAUUCCUGGAAGUCCCGGAAGCAAGGGCACAUUCACAGCAAUGCCAAGAACACGGAAGCACUGCCGCCACCGACUUCCCUGGACACUGUUCCUUCGAGGAAUGAGCUCUGAGGGCUCCCUGGGCGAAAGACGCGCAAUGGUUCACCACUGUUUGGUUUUUCUAAAGGGCUACUCAUCUGUUUGCUUCAGUUCUUUUUACAUGUCACAAUCAUCUAACCAAAGUGAUUCGGUAUGAUUGAUCAAGAUUGAUAUAUUUUCAGCAGUGGAGGGGAAUUGGGAAAGUAGACCCAAAUUUCCCAGGAUGGCUGAAAGGUAGGCUUUUGGGGAACGGCUAAGUGAAACCGCAGUGCAGACACCCAGCUCUGCUCACUAGCCACGUUCUGCUCACGGCACCAUGCAACAUUGCUUGGGCUUAUCUGAGAGCUGCCUCACCAGACUGUCACAUCACUAAAUGGAUAGUCAAAGCAGACAAGCCCCUGGACCUCCUUUGUUGACCUGGGUGGUCCAUUAUAUGUGACAGAGGUGACCUUGAAAACUCUUUGUUGAUCUAGUUGGUCCAUUUUAUGUGGCCUUUUGGGAAACUUGUCUGUGUAACAGGUGUUUGGGGGUGAGAAAACUGAGCUGUGAUUUGGGCUUGUUAUUUGAAGUAAUUCUGCUUAUUG